GAAGUUGACAAGAACAUUUGGAAAUUUCAACGCCAGAGAUCAUCAAACACUGACGAUUCACCUGUCACUGUUAGCUUUUCCAUUAAGCAUGAACCAUGCUCUUCAUCGAGUAUGUGGUAUAUUAUAUAUACGUGGAUUUAUAUGUUUGAUCGAUCAUCGAUCAUUCCUGUAAGAAAAAACAUCAUCUCUGUAUUAACUCUCUGAAGCAACUUAAAUCAUCUCCAUGGCUUUAUCUCAUAUUUUGGUAGAAGAUCGUCAAGUUCCUCUUGAUGCUACCUCCAAUCUACCUACUUUAUUCGACGGAACCACACGGUUGUACAUAAGCUAUACUUGCCCAUUUGCACAACGUGUUUGGAUUACAAGAAACCUCAAGGGUCUGCAAGAGAAUAUCAAAUUGGUUCCUAUAGACCUUCCUAAUAGACCAGCUUGGUUCAAGGAGAAAGUGAAUCCUGCAAACAAGGUACCUGCACUUGAACACAAUGGCAAAAUCAUGGGGGAGAGUCUAGAUUUAAUCAAAUAUGUGGAUAGAAAUUUCGAGGGUCCUUCACUUUACCCCCUGGAUCCUGAAAAGAGAGACUUUGGUGAAGACAUGUUGAAAAAUGUUGAUACAACAUUCAGUAAAGUUGUGUUUGGCUCUUUCAAAGGUGACCCGGCUAAAGAUACGGCACCGGUCUUCGAUCACUUGGAAAAUGCUUUACAAAAGUUUGAUGAUGGCCCAUUCUUCCUCGGCGACCUUAGCUUGGUUGAUGUCGCAUAUAUCCCGUUCGUUCAACGAUUUCAAGUCUUCCUUGGCGAAGUUUUCAAGUACGAUAUUACUGCUGGACGUCCAAAACUAGCUGCUUGGAUUGAGGAAAUGAAUAAGAUGGUCGCAUAUACGCAGACCAUAACCGACUCGGAAUAUGUCAUCAACUUUUUCAAAAAGUUCAUGUAAAUUUGUAUACCGCGUCAUCGUCCAUGUUGGUUUAUAUGAAGAUCGUGUGAGAAGAUUAUAAGUUUCUGGAUUUGGGCCAUUUGGCAUCUUUCUUAAUAAACAAGAUUUGGCAUCGUUCUUGAUAACGGUUAUGUGGAACUUUUGUAUUAAACCAAAUUAUUGUCAAUUUGGUUUUUAAACCAAAUGACAUUUUGUUACUAAACUAAUGUGAAAUGACCAGACGUAAAAAAAGAAGAAAACUAA